ACGAACAUGAAGUGAAAAAAAUGGCGAAGAUUUGUGGACCGAAGCUUUCAAAUUGUUGCUUUGUUUUAAGUAUUUGGGGAAUUAUAUUGUUGGUAUUUUUAGGGAUUUUCUUUCAAAUUAAAAGCGUUGCGUUAAGAGAGGAUAUUAGUGAGUUUGGUGAUUAUAAAAAGACGUCAAGGAACUGUUUCAUAGCAGCUGGCUUAUACCUUGUAACAUUGGCAAUUGCUGGACAUCAAAAAUGGUCAAAUCAGAGGAUGGCUGCCUCGACAAAUCUAAGUAACUUCCAAAUGUCACGGUUAGAAUAAAUCAAGAAUAUUUACUAACAUAACCAAGCUGUAAAAUAUAUCUUCAAAACAGACGAGUGCUUUUAAGACAUACUCAGAAUAAUUUGUCUAUAACUUCAAUUAAUUGAUGUAAAUAUGCAUGAGUUAGCCAGGAUUUAAUAUAUUCAUAGAAAAUAUAUUUGUUACUAUAAAAUUUAAUGUUAACACUGUAAUAGUGCAUUUUAUUGAGGUAUGAGAAACCAGCAAGGAUUGAUUUGUAUACAUAUUCACAUAGAAUGAAUAUUAACAUCCAGUGACAUGUAAAAUCAUUAAAUUAGGACUAUGUCUAGUUGACUUGCCUAAGUAUUUAAAAAUAGUUGUGUUUUAAAGUGGUGUUUUACUAUUUUGUUAAUGACAUGCUUUGCAAUUCAUUUUAAAAUAAUAAAGUUUCUUAAUAGUCUUCAAUGGGCCAAUACUUGGAUUUUCAGGAUCUUUUUCAGCCUUAUUGUCCCAUGAAUUCACAAUUAUACUAUCAAGUUAUGUAGCAUGGGUUCUGACCUAUUUUGCUGAGAUGAUUUCCCAAAUAAUUAGGCCGUAAUAUUCCCACUUUUCAGCAUCUGUUAAAAGAAGUGCUUACCUUUCUGCAAAGCGUUCAUAGUGUUAACUAGUCUUUUGCUGCAAUGAUUAUGUUGUUGCAAGCAUGUUUUCACUUUUUAAACACUGGCCUACAGUCACCGAGUAAAUGAAAAACAUGCAGUUCGGAUUUGUCUAAAGUUAUUAUUGUUAAAAAAUAUGCAAUCUGUAUUGUUGAACCCUUGGAACAUGUUCUUACCCUGUAUUUAUUUUCGUAUUCUGUUGCUAACCGAUAUUGAAUGUUUUUCA